CCCGGACCACGCAGCGCACGGGAGCGCGCCCCGCAGCUUGAUUCGGGCCCACAGGUCGCGGGAGCCCAGGCGUGCGGCGCGCGCUGCUGCAUUAUUUGCCUGCUCAGGAUUACCUCUGCCCUCUCCAUCACGCCUGACCCAAAUUUUCCCUUUCUGGUUGCCUUACCUUUCUUCUGGUCCAGAUCAUCUGCCAGGGGAGUGGGCAUCAGGAAUCAUGAGCAACCCAUUUGCACAUCUUGCUGAGCCUUUGGAUCCUGCAGAACCAGGGAAGAAAUUCUUCAAUUUGAAUAAACUGGAGGAUUCGCGAUAUGGACGCUUACCAUUUUCUGUCAGAGUUCUCUUGGAGGCAGCUGUUCGGAACUGUGAUCAAUUUUUGGUGAAGAAAAAUGACAUUGAAAAUAUCCUAAAUUGGAAUGUCAUGCAGCAUAAGAACAUAGAAGUCCCAUUUAAACCUGCCCGCGUCAUCCUGCAGGACUUUACGGGUGUGCCUGCUGUGGUUGACUUUGCUGCAAUGCGUGAUGCUGUGAAAAAAUUAGGUGGAGAUCCAGAGAAAAUAAAUCCUGUCUGUCCUGCUGAUCUUGUAAUUGAUCAUUCCAUCCAGGUUGAUUUCAACAGAAGGGCAGACAGUUUACAGAAGAAUCAAGACCUAGAAUUUGAAAGAAAUAGAGAACGAUUUGAAUUUUUAAAGUGGGGUUCUCAAGCUUUUCGCAACAUGCGGAUCAUUCCUCCUGGCUCAGGGAUUAUCCACCAGGUGAAUCUGGAGUAUUUGGCAAGAGUGGUAUUUGAUCAGGAUGGAUAUUACUACCCAGACAGCCUCGUGGGCACGGAUUCACACACUACCAUGAUUGAUGGUUUGGGUGUUCUUGGUUGGGGUGUGGGUGGUAUCGAAGCAGAAGCUGUCAUGCUGGGUCAGCCAAUCAGCAUGGUGCUUCCCCAAGUGAUUGGCUACAAGCUCAUGGGGAACCCUCACCCCUUGGUAACAUCCACUGACAUCGUGCUUACCAUUACCAAGCACCUGCGCCAGGUUGGGGUUGUAGGCAAAUUUGUCGAGUUCUUCGGGCCAGGAGUAGCCCAGUUGUCCAUUGCUGACCGAGCUACAAUUGCCAACAUGUGCCCAGAGUAUGGAGCAACUGCUGCCUUUUUCCCAGUUGACGAAGUUAGUAUCAGGUACCUGGUGCAGACAGGUCGUGAUGAAAAAAAAGUAAAGCAUAUUAAAAAGUAUCUUCAGGCUGUGGGAAUGUUUCGGGAUUUCAGUGAUUCUUCACAGGACCCAGACUUUGCCCAGGUUGUAGAAUUAGAUUUGAAAACAGUAGUGCCUUGCUGCAGUGGACCCAAAAGGCCUCAGGACAAAGUUGCCGUGUCUGACAUGAAAAAGGACUUUGAGAGCUGCCUUGGAGCCAAGCAAGGCUUUAAAGGAUUCCAGGUUGCUCCAGAUCAUCAUAACAACUACAAGACAUUUAUCUAUAACAAUAGUGAGUUCACCCUUGCUCAUGGUUCUGUAGUAAUUGCUGCCAUCACUAGCUGCACAAACACCAGUAACCCUUCUGUGAUGUUGGGAGCCGGCCUGUUAGCAAAGAAAGCCGUGGAUGCUGGUCUGGAAGUGAAGCCAUACAUCAAGACUAGCCUUUCUCCCGGAAGUGGUGUGGUUACCUACUACCUGCGAGAAAGCGGAGUCAUGCCCUACCUGUCUCAGCUUGGGUUUGAUGUGGUGGGGUAUGGCUGCAUGACCUGCAUUGGCAACAGUGGGCCUUUACCUGAACCUGUGGUAGAAGCCAUCACACAGGGAGACCUUGUAGCUGUUGGUGUUCUAUCUGGGAACAGGAAUUUUGAAGGGCGAGUCCACCCCAAUACCCGUGCCAACUAUUUAGCUUCACCACCCUUAGUGAUAGCAUAUGCAAUUGCUGGGACCAUCAGGAUUGACUUUGAGAAGGAGCCACUGGGGGUAAAUGCAAAGGGACAACAUGUGUUUCUGAAAGAUAUCUGGCCUACACGAGAUGAGAUCCAGGCAGUAGAGCGUCAGUAUGUCAUCCCUGGGAUGUUUAAGGAGGUCUAUCAGAAAAUAGAGACUGUGAAUGAAAGCUGGAAUGCCUUAGCAGCCCCCAAAGAUAAGCUGUAUUGCUGGAAUCCCAAAUCUACCUACAUUAAGUCACCACCAUUCUUUGAAAACCUGACUUUGGAACCUCAGCCCCCUAAAUCUAUAGUGGACGCCUAUGUACUCUUAAAUUUGGGAGACUCGGUAACAACUGACCACAUCUCUCCAGCUGGAAAUAUUGCAAGAAACAGCCCUGCUGCUCGCUAUUUAACUAACAGAGGCCUGACUCCACGAGAAUUCAACUCCUAUGGCUCUCGCCGAGGUAACGAUGCCAUCAUGGCUCGGGGGACAUUUGCCAACAUUCGCUUAUUAAACAAAUUUCUGAACAAGCAGGCACCACAGACUAUACAUCUACCAUCUGGAGAAGUUCUUGACGUGUUCGAUGCUGCUGAGCGGUACCAGCAGGCCAACCUUCCCCUGAUUGUCCUGGCCGGCAAAGAGUAUGGCUCAGGCAGCUCCCGAGACUGGGCUGCCAAGGGUCCUUUUCUGCUGGGAAUCAAAGCUGUCCUGGCUGAGAGUUAUGAGCGCAUUCACCGCAGUAACUUGGUUGGGAUGGGGGUGAUCCCCCUUGAAUAUCUCCCUGAGGAGAACGCAGACACCCUGGGACUCACUGGGCGGGAACGAUACUCUAUCAUCAUUCCACAGAACCUCAAACCUCGAAUGCAAGUCCAGGUGAAGCUGGACACUGGGAAGACCUUCCAGGCAAUCAUGAGAUUUGACACCGACGUGGAGCUCACUUAUUUCCACAACGGGGGCAUCCUCAACUACAUGAUCCGCAAGAUGGCCAAGUAGACCCUUGUUUCUGAGACGCCGGCAUGUGGAGCUGCCCCGAGGAAGCGCCUGAGCACCAGCCCAGCUUCCUGGGUCGAGAAGCACCCCUCCCCCUCCACGCAGGAGCUCUGCCUGGCAGACCCAGCACAUGGGUGCUGCAGUGCUGGUGUCUUUCCCUCAGCAAAAAAUUAGCAGUUUCUAUAUCCUCUCUUUUUUCAGUCUUUUUUAUCUCUUUCUAGCAUUUGGAAGUUAGAGUGGUGGGAAUGCCAGUAGUGCCAGAAAGAAACAACUGAGCUGGUUUUUAAAAGUUCCUGAUCACAACAGAUUGAUUUUUCACUCUUGUUAAUGAGCU